AUGCCUGAACCAGUGAAAUCAGCUCCAGCCCCUAAAAAGGGAUCCAAGAAGGCCAUCAAUAAGGUGCAGAAGAAGGACGGCAAGAAGCGUAAGCACAGUCGCAAGGAAAGCUACUCCGUCUAUGUGUUCAAGGUGCUGAAGCAGGUCCAUCUCGACUCUGCCAUUUCGUCUAAAGCUAUGGGCAUCAUGAACUCUUUCAUCAACAACGUCUUUGAGCGCAUUGCGGGCGAGGCAUCGCGUUUGGCACAUUACAACAAGCGCUCACGCUUGACCAUCACUUCCGGGGAGAUCCAGACAGCCGUGUGCCUAUUGCUGUCUGGGGAGCUGGCCAAGCACGCUGUGUCUGAGGGCACCAAGGCCAUCACCAAAUAUACCAGCUCUAAGUUGAGUUAG